AUGGAAAUGAAUUUAACAUUCACAGAGAAUAGAUCAAUUAAAAUUCUAAUUCUUCCAAUUGGUGAUAUCUCACCAGAAAAAUAUAAAGAAUAUACAAGUUUAAUUAAAACAAUCAAUAUAAUUGAAUUAAGUAGUAUUACAAGAAGUCAAAAUGAAUUAUCACCAUUUGAAAAAAUAUCAUGGGUUGAUGGUAGUAUGAUAUUAAAUUUUGUUGAUAUUGGUUCAUUUCAAAGAUCAGAGUAUGAGGAUCUUCAAACAUAUAAGAAAGUAUUUGGAGUUAUUGGUGUUGUAGAUUGUAAGAAAUCAAAAGAUUUACAAGAGACGAAAAGAUUAUUCGAGAUUGCAGUUGCACAAUAUCCAUCAUGUGUAAGCUCAUUAUGUUGUGCAUUCGAUCCAAUGGAUGAUCAACCAGAUUUAGGUUUAGGUGCAAAUUUAAUUAUGAUACCAAAUAAUAGUGAUAGAAAGCAUUUAAUAUUCUAUCUAACUACAUUACUCAUCGAUUUCUCUCAUAUGAUUUUAAAAUAUUUUGAAAAAAUGGUUUAUUUAUCAUUAGAACAUGAUGGCACAGUUUCAACAUUAUUAUCAAAUCAGUAUAAUAAUAUUAAUAAUAAUAGUAGCGGAAUUAUUAAUAGUAAUAGUAUUGGUGGUAAUAAUAAUAAUAAUAAUAGUUUAAUUGGAAAUUCAACAAUUGGUGGUGCUAUGAAUUCAGGUGUAUUGGGUAGUAGUGUUAUAUCAAAUAGUAAUAAUAAUUCAUUGAUAACUACACCAUUGGAUUCAAUUAAACUUUGGGAUGAAAUUGGUAGAGCAAAAAAGAGAAAGUUUGGUCGUUUAAAUAAAUGUAGAGGUGAUUUUUGUUUAUUGGCAGGUUCACCAUUGGAUGCUAUUAAAUAUUAUGAUCUUUCAAUAGAUGCUUGUAGAAGUAAUAAUGAUUGGGAAUGGUUAGCUGGUUCUUGUGAAGGUUAUAUCUCUGCAGUUCUCUUAAAGAGAAACCAAGAAUUUAAUACUCAAGCUCAAUCUUCAACCGUUAGACCAAUUAAUAGUCCAAAUUCAAUAACUGGUAGUAAUAGUAAUAGUAAUAGUGGUAGUUAUGGUAAUAGUAAUAGUGGUAUAGUAAAUACACCAAGUGGUGGUAGUAAUUAUAAUACAAAUAAUACAAAUAGCAGUAGUAAUAAUAAUAAUAAUAAUAAUAAUAAUUCAAAUAAUACAAAUAGUACAAAUAAUAAUUUAAAUAAUAAUAAUAAUAAUAAUAAUAAUGGAGUUAAUGGUAUGAAUGGUACAAUGAAUAUUUUAGAUUUACAAAUUCAAUCAGAUGAUUUAAAGAUUAGAGAAUUAGCAUCUGAAGCAAUAAUUAGUUAUAAUAAGAGAAAAGUACCACAAUUUGAAGUUGAUGUUAUGUUAAAGUUUGCAAAUUAUCAUAUUUCAAUGGAUAGAAGAAUUGAAGCAUCCGAGCUAUUGACCAAUGCUUAUGAUUUUGGUAUGGAUUUAUCAUUUACUGAUAGAAUUACAUUAUCAUGUUCAAUUGCAUUAUUAUAUUAUAGUAUGGGAUUUAGAAGAAAGUUUGCAUUUUAUUUACGUGAAGCUGCAUUCCUUUAUAAUACAAGACCAGAGAAUUGGGAAAAGAUUAAUCAUUUACUUAUAAUAGCAUCGAAAUAUUAUCAAUUGGAGGAUCUUUUCUCAAAUUCACCAUCAAGAUUCUUGGAUGAAGGUGGUUCUAAAAAAUCUCAUUUAUCAUUCACAUUGAAUCAAAUGAAAAAGUCAAAUUCUGUUACCUCUGGUAGAAAUAAUAAUAAUAAUGGUGGUGGUGGUGGUGGCGGUGGCGGUAGUAAUGGUAAUAAUAGUAAAAAUUCAUCACCUACUAAUGUUGGAUUUCAAGCACAAUAUAAUCAAUUCAAUCAAUCUAUUCAACAACAGGUUCAAUCUAAUAGUUCGAAUAGAUCAUCAUCGUCUUCAUCGACAUCAUCAAGAUUUACAAAUAAUAUACCAGAAUUAUCCUACAGGAAACCAAAAUUUGGUUGGUCAGUUAUUCAAAGAUAUUUAAUUUAUAAUUUAAUAUCAGUUAGUACCAAUUUAAUGGAUUCAUUGAAUAUUUGUAAAUAUAUAAUCCAUUUAUUAAGAACUCAAUAUAAAAAAAUAGCUCAACAGAAACAAGUGGAAUUUCAAUUGGAUUUACUACAUCAUAGUAAAGCAUUAUCAUUAAGUAUCAAUACCAAUGUUCAUAUGAAUUUACUUGGUUUACCAUUCAUUGUAAAGGUUUCACCAAUUCAAUUACCAAAUCAAUUGGAACCAAUUGUUAGACCUUCACAACAAUCAUUAUUUGCUCAAAGAGAAAAGAAUUCAAAUAACUUUUUCAUUUAUUCACCCUAUGGUGGUGGUUUUAGUAAUGGUAGUGGUAUUGGCGGUGGUGGUAUUGGUGGUGGUGGUAGUGGUGGUGAUUCAAAUUCAAAUAGAAAAAAAGUAGUUUGGGCUCAAGGUGAAGAGUGUAGUGUUGUAGUAACCUUAUCAAAUCCAUUCAGUUUUGAUAUUUUCAUUCAAUCAUUAACAUUAAGUACUGCAGGUGUACCAUUUGAAUCAUAUCCAUUAUCAUUUAAAAUCCUAUCAUUAACUGAUUCAAUGGAUAUUGUUAUCUCUGGUAAACCAUUAGAAUCUGGUCCAUUGAUUAUUAAAGGUGUAUUUGUACGUGCUUAUAAUUUAUUAUCAGAACAUCCAGUUGAUCCAUAUGGUAAUUCAAUUUCAAUUAGUCAAUAUAAUGAAUUGGUUAGAAUUGGUGAUGCCUAUAAAGUUGAUAUUUUAGAAUUUGAUUCAACAACAACCGCUAGUAAUAAUACAUCAUCAUUUUCAAGAGAUAAUAAUAAUAAUAAUGAACUACCAAUUGUUAAUAAAAUCAAAGCUACACCCAAAUUACCAAUACUAAAGGCAGAUGUACCAACUCUAGGUAAGGUGUUGAAUUUGUUAGCUGGUGAAUCAUUUAGUUUCAAUUUAGAAUUCCAAAAUAUUGGUACAACUCAAAUCGAUUCAAUUUCAGUCUCAUUGAAUGAAUUUGAUAAAGCAUUGAAAAAGAAGACAUUGGCUGAUAAUAAUCAAUAUUUCACAGAUUCUGAUGAUGAAACUAUUUCAUUCCAAUGGGAUUCAAAUAUCAUCAAAUCUUCAUUACCAUUAUUACCUGGCGAAACUUUUAAAUUACCAAUUAAAUCAUUUUCAAAACCAUUCUUAAUUGGUAAUCAAUUCAUAAUUGAUUAUUAUUCAAAUUGUGAAAAUGAAGAAGAAGAAGAAGAAUUUAAUAAUACCACUACCACUACAAAUACCAAUACUCAAACAUUAACAGUAACAGGUAAUACACAAUCAACAUUAACAGCAACCACCACGACAACAGCAACAAAGUAUCAACGUAAAAUUACAAUUCCAUUACCAUUAUCAAUUACACAUGGACCACAAGUUAUAAAUUUUGAUAUAGUUUAUGCAAGUUCAAAAAUUAUUAAAUCAUUAUCACCUUAUUUAGUCGAUAGAUCAACAUCAAAUAAUGGUUUAUUUAAAGUUGAAAAAGAUCAAGAUUUAAUUGAAAAAGAUUGUGAAAAUAUUUAUAAUGAUUAUUGUUUAUUAUUAUUUGAUAUUAAAAAUUGUACUUCAACUCAUACUUUUACAAUCUCUUCAGAAUUAGAAUUAGGUAUACCAAAUAUUGUUGAUAAUAAUAAGGAAAUUAAUAAUAAUUUAUCAUCUAAAUUUAUUUUAUCACCAAAUGGUAUAAUUACAAUUAUUGUACCAAUGAAAAGAGAAUCAUUACCUGAUCAAUUACCACCAUUAAGACAAGCUAAAGGACAAUAUAUUAAACCAAAGAAGAAGUUAACUGAAUAUGAAGAGUAUGUCAAAUGUUUAAUUCAAUACUAUAAGGAUUUAUUAACAAGUAAAAUUAAAUUGUUAUGGAAUUCAUCCGAUAAUACAAAUGGUUCAAUCCUAUUGGAUAAUAUCGUAUUAACCUCAAAAUUAAUUCAUAAAUUGAAUAAGGAUCAAGUUUUAAUUCAAUUCAAAAAUAAUAAACAAUUGGUUAAAACAAUUGAACAAGGUGGUUUUGAAACAAUUGAAGUUUUAGUUACAAAUUUAACAAAUACUCCAAUUAAUGGUUUAGUUUUACAUAUUUUACCAAUAAUUGAUCAAACUAAUAAUAACAAUAAUGGUAAUAACAAGAAUAAUGGUAACAUUGUUGAUGUAUCAAAUAAAUUAGGAUAUAUUGGUUCAUUAACAACACCAAUUCAAGAAUUACCAGUCGGUGCUACUUUUAAUCAUUCUUUGGAUGUCAUAUUCUUUGAAAGAGAAUCUUAUAAAUUUAUAAUAUCUUGUGAAAUCUUUAAAACUAAACAAAUUAUUCCAGCUUCACAUUCACUUUUAGUUAAUGUUGUUUAA